AUGACGGACGCGACCACGAAAAAGAAAAGCACUUCCGUAGUAGAGAGACAAGAUCUGAGUGAUCAGGUUGAAAAGGAAAUUGCUGAUUCCAGAACCGUGCGGAGAUGGAUUGUAUGUUCAUUUUUGGUGGCUCUCGUCAUAGGCUUGCCCAUUUGGUACAAGACUACAGAGAUUUAUCGUGCUCCAUUACCACAUCAAGAUAUUACAUCUUGGUCAAAUCCAAACGCUCUGGAUACAGUGUUUACAAUUCACGUGGAACUCAUCGCCCAUGCAUUCAAACUUGAACCUUUCGUUGCUGAUGAAACAUCAGACUCCUUGAAUGAGAUGUUUCAGCAAACAGCGUAUAUUGCAAACACAACUAGAGUGAAUUUGCAAUUUACAACGUCUAUAUCAGCGCUACCCAAAUCAAACCUCAAGACAUUGCAAGACUUGGUCAACAAUGAUGAUCUAGAUGGUGAAACAGGUGUAUACAGCCUUCAUAUUACAUGUGGUGGAAUACGGGAUACUGUACAUAUAGGACAACGCAGAAGUAUAUUCUUGGAAGUGCCACCUCCUAUAUGUAAACAACAAGACAAGUUGACAGAUGUAGUGAUUCGAGUUAUCGCUGGCGUGUUUUCUGGUGAACAAAAGGCUUUACAGAAAGUAUUUGCUGCGAAAACCAUGCUGAAUGAGGAUCACGAUAGCAUGAGAGUUGUCAAGUUUGCAGAUGAAUUUCAACUUGUGCUGAGUCUAUUUAAUGGAAAUCCAGCUGAUUUACUAGUGUCUUGGGAUAUUGAUCAAGCUGUGAAUGCAUAUUUAAAGGGAUUCUUGAGUCGCCUUGCCAAAGUGUCAACGUUUACUGUGUCGUCUCAGAUUCAACACUAUGCCGGUUUGCCAAUUACACCUAAACCACAAACGGAUGAUAAGGGAACAUGGUUUGCUAUUGAAACAGAAUCACUCAAGCACUUUAUUAACUCUGCCGAAUGGAAUCUAGGUGGGCACCAUGGGGCUUUUGUCCACUCUUCUGCUGGGUUGUUGCCUUACAAACGAUUCACUUUAAUAGCAUCAUUCGUAUCGUCGUCGCCGCCGCUUAACUUUGUCUUGUACGUUCCUGAGGCUUCUGUAAUACCUCUUCAUAUCUUACGUCCAAACGGUCACAAACUGGAAACAAAUGCAUUCUUGAUACCGCAAUGGGGUGGAAUAACAAUCACAAAUCCACCAAACAAUACAACAACGACGACCAUCAACAAGAUUUUGAAGUUUACUCGUGACGAUCUAAAGCCUUUCUUGGAGAUUGUGGUUGCUCAAAUGAGAGGACUUGUUGGUGUUUCUUCCGUUGUUAUUGCUGAUCAAGUGCUGCCACCAGAUACAGUCAUAACAUAUGCGACAGCUCCAUUAUAUGGUAUAACACUAUUUGAGCUGGAUCGACUAGUCCGUAAACGAACUUUGCAAUGUGCUUCCGAUGCUAUUAGCACACUGAAAUCAUUGCUCACGUUGGUGACUGAUAUGGGAAACAUGGUAGUCAAGGAUGAAAUCAAGAUAUUGGUCGAGGGUUCUUUGAGUGCUUUGAAGGAGGUCAAGGAAGGCAUCAAACACAAUCAUGUGGAUGCUAGCAUGUCUGCCGCACGUCGUGCUACAGUAUUGGCUGAAGAAGCUUUCUUCAAUCCUACAAUGGUAUCGCUUCUCUACUUCCCGACUGAACAUCGAUAUGCCGUGUACAUGCCAUUGUUUGUCCCAGUUGCUGUACCUUUCUUGGCAGUGAUUAUCAAGGACUUCAGGGUCUGGAUGGAAGCUCGUAGAGCCUUUAAAGCCAAGAAGGAUUAG